AUGGCAGAAGGUGUCAACACUCUCCCCGAGAAUGAUACUGAGCGGGCUCUUCCCCUCAGUGAUUGGCUUGCUAUAAUAUCGGAUAUUUCUUGUGGUGCCAAGGACCGUCUCCUAAUCAAACACCUAGCAGACCUUGUGCUCGCAAUCGCUCUUCUUCGCGAAAGCGGCCGGAAGACAGGAGAUCCUAGCCAUGCAACCAUCUCGGACGCGGAUUUGGCCACCGUGUGGAACAUGAUACGAGACACGCUUCUUAGUGAUCUCUUUCGAGAUUCCAAUGUCCGAGCAUCUCGCAGUGCACAAGGGUUCCUGUCCGUUCCACUUUGCAGCAUAGUGCAGAACGGGAACAUCGAGGAACUUUUUCGGCUUCAUGUGUGGCUACCCGAUGAACAGCGAGGAGUUCCGGAGUUUGCGGUCCAUUCCCAUCAGCCAUUCGCACAGAGUUGGAUUCUCGCUGGCACCGGAGUGGACCAUUCAUUCGAUGUUCAGCCGACAGAAGAUCGAACGGCAGCCACCCAUGCGGAAUAUAAGCUCGUCUGGCAAGAUGCAAAAAGUACAGACGAGUCCUAUAAGACACAUCAGAUAUCAUCUACUGUCAAGAACACCGGAAACCUGGUGCGAGUGACGGCCAAGGGCACAGCGCUGCACACGCGCAACAUGAGCUACUCGAUUCCGGCGACUGCAUUCCAUCGCACAGAGGUUUCGCCCGAUACCUUGCACGCAACACUGUUCUUCUUCGACGCGUCGCGCGGCUUUGUGAAAGAAGCGCCAGUGUUGGGUCCCAAGGACCUUCACUCGUCCACUCAGCUGCGUGAUCCUGGUGGCAUCUCACCAGCAGCGCUAGCGACCAUAGUAGACGCAGUUCGAUCAUGGGAAAUAUUGAUGGAGCAGGGAGAACAGCAUGCCCAGCGCGCUGAGUGGGAGCAUGCAUUGCGGUCUUUCAGCCAUGCUCUCAGUCUCUGUGGACCGGGAGGGUCUUUGCCAGAGUCAGCAAACUACAAGAAUGUCGCACUGGGGAAGCUGGGUUAUACUAAUAGGCGAUUUGGAAGAUACGAAACGGCAGAGGGAUAUCUAAAGAGUGCCUUGGAUGGGCUUGGUUCCACACCAUUGCAUGUCGAGCUUCUUGGUGAACUGGGGGUAGUUUACCGCCAUAUGAAUCGCCUCGAAGAUGCGAAGCGAGAGUUCGAGAUUCAGUAUAAAAUAGCCGGGGAGCUAAAGCUAGAACAUGCCAUGUGCCGCUCCAUCGGGAAUUUGGCCAUGACAAACUAUCAGCUUUCGAAGGAUCUGCUGCCUCUAGCAAUUGAGCAGCUAAAAGAGCGCAUCCAUCUAGCUCGAUCUAUUAAAGCAUCCGUCGGAUCGGGAGAGCAAAGCCAGGCCAUCAUCUGGGAGACUAUUGGGCUGUCUCGACUGUCGCUCUGCUACACUGCCUGUGGUCUUGCGAAAGAAGCGAUUACCGCGGCUUCGGAAUCGGUGGAAGCUGCCCUCAGUACCAAAGACCCUACUGUAGUUGCAAUGUCCAGGUUUUUCUAUGGGCGCGCGUUGUAUCUGAGUGGGCAGUUGGAGCAAGCUUUACAGCAGUUCAAUCCAGUUGGGACCUGUACUCCAGCUAUGGCACUGUGCAAAGAGCCUUCAGAGGAGCAUUUAGGAUAUUUACGAGAGCUGGUAGAAGCUGGAGUCGACUUGGACCUCGUUGAUCAACAUGGCUAUAGUGCAUUGGAUUACGCUGUAUUUUGCGGCGACAAGCAGACUGAAAACGUUGUUCUUGACGGACUUCGCCGACAGUUUGGAGAGAACGCAAAUGACAAGCUCCUACAGCGACAAAGAGAGGCUCAAGUGCGAAAAUGCUAUCGGGAAUUGUUCCAGGAGAGUCUGCGACCCAUCCUUCUUGAAAGCAGGAAUGAUGUAAACCACCUCCAGCAUCUACGACGCGUGUAUGCCACGUCGCUUGCGGCAGACGAAGAGAAAACCAGUGUAUUCGACGGGCUCAAAUUUGUGUGGUAUCAGGACUUUGUGCGUAAUGGGCGACUUCCACGAUCGAACCACGGCCUGACGCAGCGUUAUCACGAUAUAAAGCCCGAGCUUGCGCCAGAUUAUAUCGUGUUUAUAUCAUAUCGAUGGAUCAACGGUGAUCCAGCGUAUGUAGCAUCACCGGACGACGCCAAUCACACCCAAUAUCACCGAAUGAUCCGAGCAAUCGAGGCAUUCAUAGACAUUCACGCCUCUAUCAACCGAGAGCGGCUGGGAAUUUGGCUGGAUUGGGCCUGCAUCGAUCAGGAUGACCCCUUGCCUGGGAUUGCUGCACUCCCUCUCAACCUUGCACAAUGUGAUACGGUAAUUAGCCUACUUGACGAUAGCUACCACAGUCGUUCUUGGUGCUCUGUCGAAGUUAUGAUUAUACAGAUACUACGACGGUCAUAUCAGUUGCAUUCAUGGUAUGAGCAUAAAAGAAUAGAAAACACGGAGCAUUGGGCAAUACAGGAGGGACCGUUAGAAUUUGAGGCGUCCGUUGCGGGUAAAUCAUUGAGCUCUGAAGAUGAUAGGCCCAGGAUACUGUUUUUAGAGAGACAAGCGAGAUUGCUCGGUCGGGCCUAA